AGGGGCAGCCCACGUCCCACAGAAGUUAGCAGUAAGGUCCAAACUCCAAAUAAACUGCAUCCAACAUACGGUUUGAAGACUCCAAUGCCGGAAUCCCCGCCAACAAAAACCCUAAACCCUCCAAUGGACCACCAGGAUUCUUCCGACCCUCCUGUCCCUUCGGAAGACCCUUCUCCUUCUUCCCUUGUCGACACCAACUUAGCCGAGAAACGGAAGCGAGAGCCAGAACCGGACCCGGAAAUCUCGUCCGACCCGGCACCGCCGCCGCAGCACCCUCUGUGGAAGACGAGCCUCUGCUCGUACUUCCGGAGGACUGGGGGUUCAUGCAGCCACGGGGAGUCGUGCCGGUACGCCCACGGCGAGGCGGAGCUCCGGCCACGACCGGACCACACUUGGGACCCCACUUCAGAGCGGGCCAAGAAGAUGGCAAGGACUGAGGAGAAGGAAAAGGUAGAGGAGGCGGAGGAUGGUGGUAUAAUGAUGACGGAUGCAUUGGACGUGGAGGGAGAGGAGCCUUCUUCUGGUUUGUCUAAAUGCUUCGUGAAUUUACCCAUGAAGUGGAGUUCGGAUAAUUUGAGGAACUUUCUCAGCGAACAGGGCUUACUCUUUAAAUCAGCUAAGAAAAAGAAAGGCAUGAUCGUCGGAUUUGUUAAUUUUGAAAAUGCGGAACAAGUCAAGAUUGCUGUGAAGGAGCUGGAUGGGAAAUCUGUUGGCAAUAACAGAACUUUAAAGGUUGCAGAUGUUAUUCCAAGGCCAUUCGAGAAGAAUAAUAAACCCACUCAUAAAAGUGAAAAUCCAUCCCUAGAUGGUGAUCAUAUGAAUAUGACUGAGGCUACCAACAAUGAUGAGGCUGAUGGCGAUGGUAGUUUAGUUCCCAGUGGUUCGGUUGUAAAGUGUAAAAGUGUCCGUGAUGUGGUGACUCCUCUUGCUCACAUGACCUAUUCUGAUCAGCUAGAUCACAAGAAAAACUCUCUGGCGCAAACUCUCAAAAGAUUAACUCGCAACGCACGCAAGGCUUGUCCAAAUGGCGUUUCACUUCCGGAAUGGAUUCUCAAUUCUAGAGAAAUAGGUGGUCUUCCAUGCAAGUUGGAGGGUAUAAUUGAAUCACCUCUUGUUAAUGGAUACCGUAACAAGUGUGAAUUCUCUGUUGGAUGUUCCUUGCAAGGCAAACAUACAGUGGGUUUUCUACUUGGGAAUUUCAGGGAGGGUGUUACUGCUGUGCAGGAACCUUUAGACUGCCCAAAUGUGUCAAGAAUUGCUUGCAGAUACGCCACUGUCUUUCAAGAAUUUCUGCUGCAUUCUCUCUUCCCUGUAUGGAACAGAUUGAACAAUACUGGAUUCUGGCGUCAACUUACGGUUCGUGAAGGAAGGAGACCUUGCACAAUGACUGAGGUUGAAAAACCAGAGACUAGUAUUGCAGAGGUCAUGCUUAUAGUUCAGGUGUGCACAAAGGAUUUUGAUGAUGGACAGAUAAAAGAUGAAAUUGAACGUUUAGCUCGAGAAUUUUCUGUGGGAUCAACUGUGGAAUCUCCUCCUUUGCCUCUAACAGCACUUGUAAUUCAGGAUCAUACGGGAAUAUCAAAUGCUGCGCCACCUGAUGCUCCGUUGCGUUAUGUUUUCAUCAAUAAAGGAGGUGAUUGUGGAUUGGAGUUGGCUAAUGAUGUUGCGGAACCUAGAAUUCAUGAUUACAUAAGCAAUCUUCGUUUCUCUAUAUCUCCAUCAGCCUUCUUUCAGGUUAACACACUUGCUGCUGAGAAGUUGUAUUCACUUUCUGGGGACUGGGCUGGCCUUGGUCCUGACACUUUACUCUUUGAUGUUUGCUGUGGGACUGGGACAAUUGGCCUAACUUUAGCGCAUCGUGUUGGUAUGGUUGUUGGCAUUGAAAUGAAUGCUUCAGCAGUUUCAGAUGCGCAAAGAAAUGCAGAAAUUAAUGGCAUCAAAAACUGCAGAUUUGUCUGUGGAAAGGCUGAGGAUGUUAUUGGGUCAUUGAUGAAAGAAUACCUAUCUUUACCUCACAAACAAGAUGAAUCCAGUGAAAUGUCAGAAAAUAAAGAGUCCGAAGUGGUUUCUGUUGACAGAAGUAUCAGCUCUGCUGACUCUGUGACCAGAAUUGAAGACAACUUAAUUGUUGAACAUGAGAAUGGCAGUAGUGCGGGUAAAUGUUCAAAAGAUGAAGCCCAGUUGCAGAAGCAUGGCACCUUGGAAAGUAUUACCCCAGUUCAGCAAUUUAAAAAUGUUGUCGCUAUAGUAGAUCCUCCACGAGUUGGACUUCAUCCCACUGUAAUCAAGGUUCUGCGGACACAAUCUCGUCUAAGGAGGCUUGUCUACAUAUCCUGUAAUCCUGAAAGUCUGGUGGCAAAUGCUAUUGAGCUCUGCACACCAUCGCUCGAUAAAACUGAGAAAGGAACUAACAAGAACAACAGGGGAUGGAAGAACAUGAGUUCUGCUGGUCUUGCUCGUCAUAGAGCUAAGUCUAUGCCCAACUCAGAGCCGUUUAAGCCUGUCAAAGCCAUGGCUGUUGAUCUUUUUCCCCAUACACCACACUGUGAACUAGUGAUGCUUCUGGAGAGGUGAAUAUGGCUGAUGAGUCGGUAAACCAACAAUCCUUGCUAUUUCCCGUUCCUUGCGUGCAUAUUUAAGUGCAGUGGAGAAUGGUUUAUGAGGUUUUUUCGGCUGAUUUAUUCUUUGCAUGAAUUCAGCUAAUCCUUUCAGCUCUACUUAUUUAAGUAACUCCCAGGAAAUUUGUUU